GAUAAAUGUUGUAUUUUUAACUAAUGUAACCUAUUAUCUAUGAAUAUAACCUUUAAUUUUUGAAUAACGAAUAAGUGGAAUGGUUAAUAAUUAUUUAAGAAAAACGCACUUAAGUUUGCAUUUGUAGAUUAACUGGCGUUUAAAUAAAAAGGAGUGCAGUUUGCAAUAUGAAACUGUUAACUCACAACAUGCUAACCUCAAAAUGCAUGAAAGGGGUCACUGUUGGAUAUCCUUUAAAAAUAAAUGCAUUUGAUGUGAAAGUAUCAGAGGUAGAUUUUAAUCCUGAAUUUGUGUCUCGAAUAAUCCCUAAACUGGAUUGGAAUGUUUUGUACAAUGCAGCAGAAAGUAUUGGGCAGGUUGAAGAUAUGCCUAAAAGCAUAGUUGACGAUUACGAGAACAAUACAGAUUUUCUCAAGAAAGUUCAUAGAGUUUUACUGGAAGUUGAAGUAAUUAAUGGAGAGCUAGUUUGUCCAGAGACAGGAAGAAAAUUUCCUAUUAGUAAUGGGAUUCCAAACAUGCUUUUAAAUGAAGAUGAAGUAUAGAAUUAGUCUAAAUAAGGUUUCUUUUUUAUGAUCCAUAUUGCACAUUAUAUCCAUUACUUUUCUUUCUGUUAUAGUUGUUAAGUUACUA